GCUGGCCCCGCCCCCGCCAACGCCCCCGCGCCCGCCGGGCCGCCCGCCGCACAGGCCAACAGUAAAGAGAAGACACCAAUGUGCCUGGUCAAUGAAUUGGCCAGGUACAAUAAGAUUAAGCAUCAAUACCGCCUCACAUCUGAGACGGGGCCCGCUCACAAGAAAGUAUUCACAGUAACACUCCGCCUGGGUGAGACUGAAGAAUACACAGCUGAGGGGUCAUCGAUAAAGCGCGCGCAACACGCGGCGGCGAGUGCGGCGCUGACCGGCACCACGUUCCCGCCCCCGCCGCCGCGCAUCCCGCCCCCGCACGCGCCCCACGCCGCGCUCCACAGACACGCCGGUGCGGUGAUGCCGACUGUGGAGCUGAAUGCGCUGGCGAUGAAGCUGUGCCAGCCGGCAGUGUACACGUCGCUGCAGCCGCUGGCCGGGGCGCCGCGGGCGCGCUCCCGCCCGCCGCCCUACCGGCUGCCGCAUGCGCCCUUGCCGCCGCACCCCUCGCUGGUACCCCCCGUGCCGCCUGCCUACCCCCGUAUGCUCGGACCUGGACUCGUAUACAGAGUGCGUGUGAGCGUGGGGGGCCGCGUGUGGAUGGGCGAGGGCGCGACCCCGCAAGCGGCGCGGCACGACGCGGCGGCGCGCGCGCUGCACGACCUGCGCCCCAAUCCGCCUCCAGACCCGGACGCCGACAACAGUACCCUCCCCCACGCCGACGAUGGUGACUCGGGCUCGGACAUCUUGAACUCUGAGAUAAAGUCGCCGGUGUCGCUCGUGCACGAGCUGGCACUCAAGCGGAACCUCUCUGUGCAGUUCUCUGUCAAGUCUGAGCGCGGCCCGCCGCACAUGCGGGUGUUUGUGACUGUGUGCACGGUGGGCGACAUGGAGACGGAGGGCGAGGGCAACGGAAAGAAGGUAUCGAAGCGGCGCGCGGCGGAGCUCAUGCUGGAGGAGAUGCGGCGUCGCUGGCCGCCUGCCGCACUACGUGCGCGACCCGCCCAAGACCGCCGCCGACCCCAGCCUGCCAAGAAACGCCCGCGCAAUCUCAUCAAGGAGAAUAAAUUCGGUUGUCCGAAUGGGAAUGGCGUGGGUGUCGGUAACGGCGCUGCGGGCAGUGCGGCUGCUGCGGCCGCCGACAACCCCAUCUCGCGGCUGGCGCUGGCACGUCACGCGGCGCGCGCGCGCUCCCCGCAGUACCGCGUGGUGGAGGAGCGCGGCGCGGCGCGGCGCAGGGAGUUCCUCGUGCAGUGCGACGCUCCCCCGCAUCGCGCCACCGGACUCGGCCCCAACAAGAAGACUGCCAAGCGACGGGCCGCGCAAAAUGUCCUGUUGGCUAUGGAGAUGGCCAACGGCGGUGAGACAGUCGCACCCGCCGGUGACAAUUCCAAAGUGAACAGCGCCGCCGACACCAAGCCGAAUAUUGACAUCAAACGAAAGGAAAAUGAGCCGGUGGCGAGCAGCGUGAGCGUUAUGGGGGGAGCGGGGAGCGAGGUGCGACAGCCGGUGCCCGGCGUGCUCAUGAUGGACUACCACCAGCGCUCAGUACAGCCACAUCACAAGGCCAAUGGGCUGAGCGAGCCGAGCAGUGCAGGUGCGGGUGCGGGUGCGGUUAUGGGUGGUGCGGCGAGUGCCAUGGACCAGCUGAUGUACCUCUCGCAGCUGGUCGGCUUCACCGUAGAGUUCUCCGACUUCCCCAAGCGUAACCACGGCGAGUACCUGUCACUGGUGUCCCUGUCGACGGAGCCGCCGGUGAUGUGUCACGGCGGUGGAGCCAGCACGGCCGCCUCGCAUGAGCAGUGCGCCCGCGCCGCGCUGCGCUCCCUGCGCCUGCUCGGCCUCGAGCCCUCCGCGCCCACAGCCGCCGCCGCGCCCACACCAUCACACCACCAGCCUACUAAUGACACCAGGAUGCAGAGCAUGGCGGGCGCGGGGCCCAAGGCGGGAGUCAUCAACGGCCUGCCUGAGUGAGGGCAUCAUCCCGCGCACAUCACCACAUACAACACAUCUCACCUUCUCACAAUUAUCUCGCAAUACUAGGACAUAUGUGAAUAUCUCUCGGCGCGGAAUUAUAGUUCGGGACAACAUUAUGUAAAUUGACAAUGUAUUGUAAUAUUUCCAGCUAUGAUAUAUUCACUAUCACAAUCAUUAUCAUCUCGAUUCCUGCAACAUUUAUUUCUCACUGAAGGUUUUUUUUGGUUGAUAUUUUAUCGCGUAUUACGCCAAACGAUACAUUUUGCAAUUUUUUUCUUAUUCUUCAAUCAUUUAUCAAUAUCAUUAAAGCUAAGCUGUACGCUACCCUACUAGAAGUAAUAUUAUAUUUAUAUUUAUAAAAAAAUUUUUGGAUAGUUUCUAAGAAGUCAGACGUUUUGUGCUGAGUAACGAAAUACAAAUGAAAUGGAAGAAAA